CAUUCUAGCCACCGCACUUGUGAGAUAGGUAGUUAGUUGCCCAUUGCCGACUAUCCGACGGGAGCGAGAGUGCAUGUGAAACAGAGAGAGAAAAGAUUGAGCGAGAAGUAGAAACAAAACGUAAAGGGUGAGACAGAGAGUGAGGAAAAUAAGAAACUUAAGAAACUAUGGCCGUGUCAGCAACUCCGCCGGUGCUUUCCCCAACAUCUAAUCCGGGGUCUGGCAGUUUAUUCCGCUCCGAUCCGCUGUAUACAAGCCCAGCCGAGUCCCCGAGACUGACAAGCAGCUUGAUCAACUCUUUCAUCAGCAGCGGAGGAGGCGGUGGAGGAGGAAAUGGAAACGGCACAAGCGGUAAUAACGAGUGCAAAAUGGUUGAGGUGCACGGGGUCAAGGUAGCCUCGUUCAACGUGGACGGUCAAGAACUCAUCUGCCUGCCGCAGGUCUUCGACCUCUUCCUGAAACAUCUGGUCGGGGGUCUGCACACCGUCUACACCAAGCUGAAGCGGCUGGAUAUAUGCCCCGUCGUGUGCACGGUUGAGCAGGUUCGGAUUCUGCGGGGGCUUGGGGCUAUUCAGCCCGGGGUGAAUCGCUGCAAACUCAUCACCCGCAAGGACUUCGAGGCGCUCUACAACGACUGCACCAAUGCCAGCUCCAGGCCUGGCCGCCCACCGAAGCGUUCCCUGGGGGUAGCGAUGCAGGAGAGCUCCAGGCUUCUUCCCCACAGUGUCCACGGCCUAUUGUCACCCGGACUCCUCUCAUCCAUGUCGCCCGGAGGGCUGACGGCUGCAGCGAUGGCCGAGGCUAUGAAGCUGCAGAAGAUGAAGCUGAUGGCCAUGAACAACCUCCACGGAGCCGGCAGCCAGAACGGGACCGAGUCAGAGAACGACGAGCUCAACUCCAACGCAGGUCAGAGGCACAGCAACGGCAGAGGAGAGCAACAUGGGCUGUACAUAGGCGAUGGGACAGGCAGCAGCAUCUAUGGUGGACUGGUGGAAGCCUCCAUCCCUGAAGGGAUGUGA